CUUAGAGACGGUUUCGACGAUGAGAUCUAUGAGAGUGUAGUUCAAAGGCGAUAAGCGCCCGCUCUCAUCGCCACAUCUCAUCUUAUCCUCUGAGAAAUCAAAAGUCCUGGGAAACUGUAUUUGAUGUAGGAUGAAAGUCUGUCAAUGACCUUAUUGCGUUUACCACCUCGAGCUAGAACCGCAGACGAAGUGCUGGAUAGCGACCGUUACAGCACCAACACUACAACUUCUUACGAGACAAAUGAAACUCAAAGUUCCGCAACUACUCUGUGGGGGCCGGGAACUCUAUCUGGCAAAGCAAUCAAGAGUCUGGGAGAAGCCAGCCUUCGCGGGGUGGAGAAGCUCGUAGUGAGAUGGAGACUAGCAAAAAUCAAUGCGAUCUUACCUGGAUUAAAUUCCGGAAACUCAUCGCCAAAGUAUCCUGCGUCUGCCGAACAACUGGAAAAGAUAUAUGACGAUCUUUUGGAGCUGUCGCGACUUGACUUUUACGAUGAAAAAGUUCGCCAGAGGGCCCUGAGAUUAAUCAUGAUGCAGAUUGGUAGUCGAGAAGCCAGUCAACUCUUGCUUUGCGUGGUCAAAUGGCCUAAGGAGGAAAUUACCAUUUUCCUUUCUGAGAUGAUGCCCUGCAUCCCUCUUUUAUGGUAUUCGGAAACGUCAUCGGUAGUGGAAGCGGAUACGAAGGCGCGGCUGGAAUUGAUAGCAGUAUAUCGUUCAUCGCUACUACCUUCUGAAACUCAUGAGGUGCUCCCUUUCAUCAACCUAAUCUCGCGCCUUGCACAAGAACAUGAGGGUUCUUGUCGAGCAGUGAUAGAAUCUGGCUUUCUUGACAUAUUAGUCGCCGUUUGUGACCACUGCACUUUCGCUCCCGCUGUGGUGACCGCAGUCCAAGAGGCUAUCGGCAUUCUUCUAGCAUGCCAACGGAGUUGGAUUAUAGAGCGUGCUCCCCAAAGAUUAGGUUUGGUAUGGCCGAGACUCAAUCCUAGCGUGCCGUUAAGACCAACAUCUCUGAGUAUGACUCAACAAACUCCCAAUGUUCGAAAGCAGUGGUGGCGGACAACGUCGUCAAAUGAAAUCAUUGAACGACUCUCCGAGAUUGCUGCCAUUUUGAGCAUGCCGGAGCUACGGUCCAACUGUGAAAAGGAUAUGUUUGACUUGUCCUUUGAUUUGUUGGUUUUUUGCGAUCUAGAUAAUGACGGUGCCAGCUUCACUGCAAUAUCGAUGUCGUAUCUCGUUCAAAUAAUUGCAUUUGGAGGUAACAUUCGACGCACACUUGAACAUGUUCUCACUUUGCUGCCUUAUCACAUUAAAUUGGACUUCUUCUAUCGAAUAAUACAUCCUCUGUCUCGUGUACCAGUGGACCAUUUACCGACAGCGACAACAUUCUACGAAGCAAUCAAAGCCCAAAACCCAAGCUUGAAUCCUAUCGAUGUCUUCGUUCAGUUUGCAAUGGACGUUGCUGAUAGUAGUCAAGAGAGUGCGCAGGCAGUUGUAGAUGCAGAGAUUAUCUCUCUCGUUAUUGCAAAUCGCGCUAGCAUACCGAACAUACGAUAUGUGCUUCAGCGUAUACAGAACGCUGUGGGACAACACCAAGAACCAUCCGUAUGUAUAUCUGACUGCGAUCAUCUUCUCUCGGCUGAGUCGAGACUUUAGAUCACUUUACAACGACCACGAGCCGGAACGGUGUGAUUGACUAGUUUCCCCAACGGCAGACACUUUCGAGUCGGCUGAGGAUAGGAUAGGAUAGGAU